CUUCCGAUUUCCGCGUCAUGCGUCAAUAAAACAAAUAACUUGAUUACAGGCGAUGUGAAUUGGACACUGCUUGGAUAUUUUUCUACAGAAACCAGCGCAAAUCUGACCUGACAUAAUGGAUAAUUCUGGGAAAGAAAAGGAAGCUUUGGCCAUUAUGGCUGAGGCAGACAAGAAGAUGAAAACGUCACAUUCGUUGUUUGGAUCGUUUUUUGGGAGUUCCUCCAAGGUUGAGGAGGCGUGUGACAUGUAUGUGAGAGCUGCCAACAUGUUCAAGAUGGCAAAGAACUGGAGUGCUGCAGGAGGUGCCUUCUGCAAAGCUGCACAACUGCAUUUGCAAGUGCAAAGCAAACACAAUGCAGCCUUGAACUUCAUUGAUGCUGGCAAUGCUUUCAAGAAGGCUGAUCCUCAAGAGGCAAUAAGCUGUUUCUGUCAGGCCAUUGACAUCUACACAGAUAUGGGGCGUUUCAACAUUGCAGCAAAAAACCACAUAUCUAUAGCUGAAAUCUAUGAGUCUGAGUUAUUGGACAUAGACAAAGCUGUUGCUCAUUAUGAACAGGCAGCAGAUUACUACAAAGGGGAGGAGUCCACCAGUGCAGCCAACAAGUGUCUUCUCAAAGUGGCAACCUAUGCAGGUCAGAUAGAACAGUACCAGAAAGCCAUUGAAAUAUUCGAGCAGAUUGGAUCUUACUCCAUGGAUACUACCUUGUUGAAGUAUGGUGCUAAGGACCAUUUCUUCAAAGCAGCACUGUGUCACUUCUGUGUGGAUAUGCUCAACUGCAAGCUGGCUGUACAGAAGUAUGAAGAAAUGUUUCCUGCCUUCUCAGACGCCAGAGAGUGCAAACUUCUUAAGAAACUUCUUGAUGCAUAUGAAGAACAGAAUGUUGAUGCAUACACUGAAGCGAUUAAGGAAUUUGACUCAAUCACAAGGCUUGAUCAAUGGCAGACCACUAUGCUACUGAGAAUCAAGAAGACUAUUCAGGAUGACGAGAAUGACCUUCGCUAAUGUGAAGUCAUGAUUCCAAGCAGACUGCAUCUUUUCAUCUCAUGUCCUUCCUCUCACUUAACAAUGAUUCCUUUAAAUUACCAUAUUUAUUAUUUAUAGACUUUAUUCACAGUAGCGCCAUAUUUGAUUUUUGGUGGAAAUGAAAAAUAGGCUGUGAGUUAAGGAUAUACUUAUUGUCUCUUCAAUGGCAUGUGCUGAAUAAAGCUGUAUGAGGCUCGUAGAUUACAUCAAAUUCUCGCAAUUUGUGCUUUUUGAGGUUUGUUGUCUUCUGAAUUUUUUUGGAAAGAUGCUUUUUUUCAAUGUUUGUCGGCAGAACAGUUUAAACAACAAAAAUUUACAGUAAGUAUAUCCCUCACAGUCUCAUUUUCAUCCCUACCAAAACUCAAACAUGGCACUACCGUGAAUAAGGUCCAUGUCUAGAUGUUAAAGAUGUUUUGUGCACUUUGUCUUUUUUAUUUAUUGGCUAUUUUUCUCUGAAAUCCUACUGUCUUUGAAGCAAUUUAUCUUUAUUUUCCCCAAAGUACACUGUGAAGUCUUUUAGAACGACACUGUUUUGGCUUUGUUUUACGUUGACCGCAACUUCCCUUUGUUGUAAAUGAUCUCAGAUAACACCAUAAAUUUGAUGUGCGUUAUGUGUUAUCCUUUUGUAUUCAGGCUUGUGCAGCGGCAUCAGGAAUUUAUUAUUAUUGUUCUAUUAAUGUUAUAAAUCAAGUUUGAUCUUUUCAUGAUUAUUUGGUACUAAUCUGGUCAUAACAAGGCUCUGUAUUUGUAAACAUUUAAUAUUAAUGAUGAUAAUUCUAGAUUUAUACUUGGAGUUACUAAAUUCUAUAACAUCUAUUAGCUAAGAACUGAAACAGUGCUAAUUGCUGUUUUAUUGUUAUCCUCUAUGGAGGAAAUUUCCAAGAGUUCUCUUUCUUCGGUUAGAUGAUCUGUAAUGAAAACUAACAACUGAUUCUAAUUUCAACAUCAAUGGUUAUUCCAGUUUUGUACCGCCACAGAGUGAAUGCAUGAAGGAAAAGUAUCCUGUCCACUCUUUGUGAUAAAGAUUCAAUUAGAAGAUUGAAUAGAUUUUUUUUAGUUAGUGUCAUGGUGAUUUGAAUUUAUUGAUGUAUAAUUAUAAUACUCAAAUACAAAACAGCAUCAUUAUCGAAAGACAUUGUUUGGAUAAAUCUGCAUCUACUAGGCAGGCCUACUAGAAUUAUUAGGCUUUUGAAAUGGAUAACUUCUGUUAAUUUUUGCAAUUAAAUGCUUGAUGUAUUUCAGCUUUAUCUGCAAAAUAUUUUCUGAUGCAUAGGACUGAAUAGUAAUUUGUAAAAACAGGAACUUGAGCAUGGAAAGAAUAGCACAACAGAAUAAGCUUAAUUUAAGGUGUUGCUGAAGUUAAUCCAAAUUCAGUAACUAUGACAUUGUGGGGCAUGUAUUUAUUCACCAAAGCUGUUAUGUUAAACUAAUUUAAGUAACUAAUAAAUUAUUUGACUCCCUUACCUUUUUAAAUGACUUCUCAUUUUCAUAUUAAUGUGAUUAUGAUGCUACUAAAGGGUAUUAAUACUUUCUCUUUACUGGAGGAUUUUGUCUAAAGCCUUGACAUUCAGAGAUCUCUUUGAUGUACUGUACUGUUACAGGUCUAUGUGAAUACACAAUAAGGGUACAUACAAACACACUGUUUAAACAGA